CGUCACCUUCACCUACAACACGACGGAGCAUCGGACGACAUCACAUUUAGUCGCCACUGGCCGCAGUAUUUUAUUACCAAGCAUCUCUGAGCUACGAAUCACCCGUCUAAUGAGUUUGCAGCUGUCUCAUGUCACGAACGUCACAGGAAACAACCCUCCGCACAGCAAAGCCAAUAGGAAACAACUGGUACCAGAUCUCCUUCCAACCCAAGAUGCCGCAAUCAUACAUUCAUCACGUCCACUCCCAACCGACAAAAGUGUCACCGGAUAUCUGGAAACAAUGGUACAGCGAGGAGCGCAGUCGGGACAUGGUGCACUUCAAAGUGUCCUCCACCGCCGCCUUCUAUCAGAGCUGCAGUCCAUUUUUCACGUACCUGGAUCCACCUCGGGAUGGAGUGGGUGAGAUGGAGUUCCUCGCAUUGUAUCAGAUGGGGCGCACGAUCCCGCGGUAUCUGGACGCGUAUCAGAAGAAUGUACGGGUGAGGAGUCGGCUAUGGGAUGAGACUUUGGGCACCUGUUUCGAUGUGGCCCAGUUUGCAUCGGAUCAUUUGGAGCUGGUGGAGAUAUUGGGGAGUUAUGCGUAUAAUGAAGACGUUGCACCGUACAUCAUCCACGCCAAAAUCAUCGGAGAAGAGGUUGAGGCAAAGUUGCAGUUCGAUCAUGUCAACGCCGCAUCAAGACUCGAUGGUUACAGGAGGUCGUUGUUAUAUCGCUCGGUUAAUCCCACAGGAUCUCUGCCGUACGUGAUAUUGCUUCACGAGUUCGACUCAGAUCCUGGAAACGUCGCUGGUGUGCAGAAGGACAUGGAGGGCAUUGAGCCUAGCCAGGAUUGUGCCUUUCAGUUGCGCUCUUUCAAAUUGUUAGACGCGGAAGGUUUUGAUGGGGAGUGUCGAAGGCCCGAACGGCUGUAGGUGCGUCGAGUAGAUAUAGAUAUACCACUCCCUCCUUGAUCUCACACACACGGCUACGGUGCGUACAGCUGAGCCCGAGACAGAACGCAGCACGGACGUCUCUGGGGAAACAGCGCACGCGGCAGCGACGGCCGAAUGGCA